UCACUCUCGUCUCUCGCGUUCUCUCGGACUCUUCCUCUCUCCCGGACAGUUGCAUAAACAGCAAGCCAUUUUCUCUGGUUCAUUUCACCGUUGCUGUAGCUUCACUCCUUCACAUCAAGCUGCCGUCGAAGCCGUUCUGCUUCAGUCGGUCGGGUUCUCAUAUAGAUUCGGGACUCCCUUAUAAAGCUCCCCGCUCGCUGACUCUGGAAGCUGAUAUCCAGAACAAUCACGCUCACCCUCCUCUCCGUAGAACUCUAGAAACCAUUGAAGAUGUCACUACGAGUACUAAACCCAAAUGCAGAAGUGCUCAACAAAUCAGCGGCGCUUCACAUGAACAUCAAUGCUGCCAAGGGCUUGCAGGAUGUGCUCAAGACCAACCUCGGCCCCAAGGGCACUAUCAAAAUGCUUGUUGGUGGAGCUGGUGAUAUCAAACUUACCAAGGAUGGCAACACUCUCUUAAAAGAAAUGCAAAUUCAGAACCCAACAGCCAUCAUGAUUGCAAGGACUGCCGUUGCACAAGAUGAGAUUAAUGGAGAUGGCACAACUUCUACUGUCAUCUUUAUUGGCGAGCUAAUGAAACAAUCAGAACGAUACAUUGAUGAAGGAAUGCAUCCACGUGUAUUGGUUGAUGGUUUUGAGAUUGCAAAAAAAGCCACUCUUCAAUUCCUUGAGAAGUUUAAGACUCCUGUGGUAAUGGGUGAAGAACCUGAUAAAGAGAUUCUAAAAAUGGUGGCCAGAACAACACUACGGACAAAGUUAUAUGAAGCAUUGGCUGAUCAAUUGACAGACAUAGUUGUCAAUGCGGUCCUUUGCAUUCGAAAGCCUCAGGAAGCUCUAGAUCUUUUUAUGGUGGAAAUAAUGCACAUGCGUCAUAGAUUUGAUGUAGAUACAAGACUGGUUGAAGGUCUUGUCCUUGAUCAUGGUUCCAGGCAUCCUGAUAUGAAACGCCGAGCAGAGAAUUGUUACAUCUUGACAUGCAACGUGUCUUUGGAAUAUGAGAAAAGGUACAUCUCUAGAUUUUGUUCCUUGUUUGCCUCUUAUAUUGUUGCACUUAGAAGAGCCAAAAGGAGAAAUAUGGAAAGGUUGGUUUUGGCCUGUGGCGGAGAAGCUGUGAAUUCUGUUGAUGACUUAACUCCUGAUUGUCUUGGCUGGGCUGGACUAGUCUAUGAGCAUAUUCUUGGGGAAGAGAAGUAUACCUUUGUGGAGAAUGUGAAGAAUCCUCAUUCUUGUACAAUUUUAAUAAAAGGACCUAAUGACCAUACAAUUGCACAAAUUAAGGAUGCUGUUCGCGAUGGUCUAAGAGCAGUCAAAAAUACUAUCGAGGAUGAAAGCAUUGUGCUGGGUGCCGGGGCUUUUGAAGUUGCAGCCAGACAGUACCUAGUCAAUGAAGUCAAAAAAAGUGUUCAUGGGCGUGCCCAACUGGGUGUUGAAGCUUUUGCUGAUGCCCUUCUUGUGGUGCCAAAGACACUGGCUGAGAACUCUGGGCUUGACACCCUAGAUGUGAUCGUUGCUCUAAAGGGAGAACAUGACAGAGGCAAUGUUGUGGGACUAAACCAGCAUACUGGAGAGCCCAUUGAUCCGCAGAUGGAGGGUAUCUUUGAUAAUUACUCUGUGAAGCGCCAGAUUAUAAAUUCAGGGCCUGUAAUUGCAUCACAGUUGCUAUUGGUAGAUGAAGUCAUUCGUGCUGGGCGUAAUAUGCGGAAACCAAGUUAGUUCGCCGGUAUAAUUCACCGUGCAUUUUUGCAGUGUGGACGUUUUUGUUUUACCAUUUCAAUGUACCCAUGUUGACUUAGAAUCUUGAUGUAGAAGUAGGAUGGACCAAUUGCGGGUUGUUUGCAGAGGAAGGUCCCAUCUAUGCUUUUGUCCAAUGAACUCUGAAAUUGUCAUCAUGGGAUUUGCAAUCCCAAUGCGAAAGUUGUUUUUAUAGUCUUGAAAGUUCUAUAAGAACAUGUUAAGUUGAUUCUGGAA